AUGGCCCGGAUGAACUACAAGGUGGAUGUGCCUUCAUGUUUUGUUGGUUUGAUCUUGGAGAAGUGUGAACUACCAUACGAAAACCAUGGGCAUGUUGUUUUAGCAGACCCAUCGCCCAUUUUGUUUUACCGAAUCAGUAGUACUGAAAUUCGAUGUCUGGUUGAUGUACCUGGUCAAAAGAUACCCUCUAUUUCAAAUGGUGAUUUGUCAAACUAUUUGAAGACUGUAGUUGCACCUCAGAUACCGGUGGGAAUGAAAGAUGCAUUUGUGGCAACAAUUGAUAAAGGAAACAUACGGACAAUGGCCAAUAGAAGUAUGCCAGCUGUCCCCCACCCAACCCCAGGUGCUUUGUUAAUGGGUGAUGCAUUCAACAUGCGGCAUCCUUUGACAGGUGGAGGAAUGACUGUAGCACUUUCUGAUAUUGUUGUGCUACGCAAUCUUCUCAUGCCUCUACAUGAUCUCCAUGACUCCUAUACUCUCUGCAAAUAUCUUGAGUCCUUUUACACUCUGCGUAAGCCGGUGGCAUCAACAAUCAAUACAUUAGCAGGAGCGUUGUAUAAAGUGUUCUGUGCAUCAGGAGACGAAGCAAGGCAAGAAAUGCGAGAAGCGUGUUUUGACUAUUUGAGCCUCGGAGGCGUCUUUUCAAAUGGACCUGUAUCUUUGCUCUCCGGUUUAAAUCCUCGGCCUUUGAGUUUGGUUGUGCAUUUCUUUGCUGUGGCAAUAUUCGGUGUUGGUCGCUUGUUGUUACCUUUUCCUUCCCCUAAAAGAAUGUGGAUUGGUGCCCGAUUAAUCUCGGGUGCGUCUGGAAUCAUAUUCCCGAUCAUAAAAGCAGAAGGAGUACGGCAGAUGUUCUUCCCUGCGACAGUGGCUGCAUAUUACAGAGCUCCUCCCACUCAAUGAACAACAAGAGAAUGAGGAUGAGGCUUUCAAUUGUAUUAUAGUCUUUACUCCAGUUUUCAUAUUUUGAUUGUCUUUCUUUAUAGAGUGUUGGAGAUAGUCAUCCACAUUCAAGGGUUUAGCGGUUAGUUAUUAGGUUUGAGUUUCAGGUAUGUAUGUAAUCUGAUUUCAUAUUUUGUUAUAGAUUGUACUACAUCAUCAUAUAUCCAAAAUACCUGGUAAUGUAAUAAAAUCAUCCCGAGCUUCAAUACUCUAAGCAUAUAUAAAGAUUUACUUCUAAGUGA